CCGGGGCUGGACUCCGCCGGCCGCACACAUCCCCGAACCAUCGAACCCCGCAGCUCGCCGCUGCCGCCAUCAACGCCGGCCCCGGACCUCGCCUUCCGCUGAUGCCGCCGUCAACACUGGCCCCACCGCCCACCCUAGAGGCCAACAUCUCGCCCUUACAUAUGAAAAGUCUAUACUACCCUUUCACCUCUCUUCAAAAGAUGGUACCACCAUAUGGGCUAAAAUGGUACUGCACGGUACCGAGAAAUCUCAAUCACCGUCUGAUAUGUCCCAAUUGACGGCUAGGAUUUGGUACGCCUACCUCUGCUGGACGGGAGCAAAUCACUUAUAAAAUUCCAUCUAUAAAUUGGCCACAUAAUCAGUUAUCUAGCUAUCCUCUCUUCAGUCACACAUAAACAUGUUCUUUCCCAGUACUGCAAAUAUGCGCGAGCAAAAUAAUACCAUAAUAGUAUCAAUAGCCAUGACCAUCCUCCUGCUGGUUGCGUUCUUCUGUCGGAUCAAGAAGCAGGCUGCCAUGGCAGCCAAGAACAAGAGGAAGAAGCAACCCAAGCUGCCACCGGGGCCAGCUACCAUGCCGGUGUUGGGUAACAUGCACCAGAUGCUGAUGAACAAGCCGGUGUUCAGGUGGAUCCACCGCCUUCUCGACGAGAUGGACAUCGAGAUCCGGUCAGAGACCCUUAUAUUUCUUGUCUUCCUUCCCUUUCCCGUCCAUCAGAUCGGUACCGCCCCAUCUUCCUCCUUCCGCUCCUCAUCGGGCUGCCAUUGGGGAGAAGCGCGGAUGUCAGGGGGAGUGGGAGCAGAUCAGUGGCACCAACGACGAGCUGGUUCAUGCCAGCGUGCUCGCCAGGUUGGCGGCCGGCGAGACGACGGGCACUUUGCUAGUAUUACCGAACUAGAGUAAUUAGUAUUCUUUCCUAUCAUUUUGAGAGUAUUGAAUGGUACUAUUCCAAAUGUAACGACUACUCCCCCCGUCAAAAAAAAAAAGAUAAACCCUGGGUUUCCGUAUCCAACGUUUAAUUGUUGGUAGAUGAUAAAAUAUAAUUAAUACUUUAUAUGUGACUUGUCUUUUUAAUUUUUUUUGUAAGUUUUUUUAAAUAAGACGGAUGGUCAAACGUUAAACACGAAAACCUAGGGUUUGUCUUUUUUUGACGAAGGGAGUAUAUAGCUUCUAAAUUACAAAAACAUUAUUAAAAAAUAUAACAUUUAUCAAAAAAAUGUUUAUAUAAUAUACAAUAUUUUGGAACAUUUACAUUAAUUUAAAGAAUAGAUGAUUGAAGUUCUAAAAAUGAAUAGCGAUCGACUAGUGUCAAUUAGUUGGCGACAAACAGAGCACACCUUUUUCCAGGACAUUUGUCAAUAUUUGAAUGGAACAACAAAAGCCGAGCACCACGCGAACACUAGCAAUAGUUCUUUCUUCUUUUUUUUUAGGAAAUGCCAUUCGGCUAGCUUUAUUGAUCAUUAAACAUUAAACAUUGUUACAUCGUUUGCCAAAGCGCUUAGAAUAUAACCAGGAGGUUCAUCGACCCAAGUACAAGACUCUUUCGUACUAAAAGCAAUAGUUCUUUCUUUAUUGAAAAGGAAAACGUGAUGAAGUUUCAUUCCACACGUGUUUAGAAUUCCAUCUAUAAAUUAAUUGGCCACAGAAUCAGUGAUAUAUCUAGCUAGGCUAUCUGCACUCCCAAAAAAAAAUCAGUAAUCAUGCACAAGAACAACGAUACCAUCAUGCCAUCACAACUCAUCGCCCAAAAUGACCAUGCAUAUGUCCUCACCUUUCUGAUGUCAAUAGCCAUGGCCAUCCUCUUGCUCGUUGCGUUGUUCUAUCGGAUCAAGAAGCAGGCAGCUGCCAUGGCGGCCAAGAGGAAGCAACAACCCAAGCUACCACCCGGGCUAGCUACCAUGCCGGUGGUUAGCAACAUGCACCAAAUGCUGAUGAACAAGCCGGUGUUCAGGUGGAUCCACCGCCUGCUCGACGAGAUGGACACCGAGAUCCUGUGCCUCCGUUUCGGUCGCGUCCACGUGAUCGCCGUCGCCUCGCCGGAGAUGGCCCGGGAGGUCCUGCGCAAGAAGGACGCCAUGCUCGCCUCCCGGCCAUCGUCGUUCGUGUCGCGGACGUUCAGCUUUGGGUACAAGAACACCAUCAUGUCGCCGGCCGGUGACCAGUGGAGGAAGAUGAGGCAGGUGCUCACGUCGGAGAUCCUCUCGCCGGCCAUGGAGCGGCGGAUGCUCGGCCGGCGCGUCGAGGAGGCUGACCACCUUGUCAAUUACGUCUACAGCCACUGUAAUGAUGGCACUGUAGACGUCCGGCACGUAACGAGACACUUCUGUGGCAACAUCAUCAGGAAGCUGGUGUUUGGCCGGAGACACUUCAACUCCGGCGAUGGCAAUAUCGGCCCUGGCCGUGAUGAGGAGGCUCACAUCGACGCGCUCUUCACGGCGCUGGACUACCACGGCGCCUUCUCCGUCUCCGACUACUUCCCGACACUGGUUGGGCUUGACUUGGAUGGCCAUGAGGAGGUUGUCAAUGGCCUGAUGAACACAUUCAAUAGGCUGCACGAUCCUAUCAUAAUGGAGAGGAUAGAAGAAUGGAAAUCUCUCAGGACAAAAGGUGAUAAGAGGAGAGAAGUUGCCGAUUUUCUGGACGUGUUGAUCUCCUUGGAGGAUGCACAAGGGAAACCGUUUUUGUCAGUAGAUGAGAUCAAGGCAGAAACGCUGGAAAUAAUCCUUGCUACCGUGGACAACCCAUCAAAUGCUGUAGAGUGGGCACUGGCAGAGAUGGUGAACAAUCCAAAGGUCAUGAAGAAAGCAGUGGAUGAACUCGAUAUGGUUGUUGGUAGAGAAAGGCUUGUUGAGGAAUCCGACAUUCACAACCUCACAUACCUCAAGGCAUGUAUCCGGGAGGCGUUCCGCCUCCACCCCUACCACCCAUUCAACCCACCCCAUGUCGCGAUCGCAGACACCACCGUCGCGGGAUACAUGAUCCCAAAGGGUAGCCAUGUCAUGUUAAGCCGAAUUGGGCUCGGUCGAAACCCUAGAGCAUGGGAUAAACCACUCGAAUUCCAACCAGAGCGACAUCUGAAAAAUACUGGUACUGUGGUGCUAGCUGAGCCAGAGUUACGUUUUGUAUCGUUCAGUGCUGGUAGGCGUGGCUGUCCUGCCGUGUCACUCGGAACAUCAAUUACAAUGAUGCUAUUUGCAAGGCUUCUGCAGGGGUUCAGUUGGAGCAUACCACCAGGUGGUGACAGGAUUGAGCUUCAAGAGUCAGCUACAAGCCUGCAAUUGUCUAAACCAUUACUUAUGCAAGCAAAACCACGAUUACUACUUCAUCUAUAUGAGGCGGAUGUAUUAAAUUAGGUAGCUAAGACCGUUUUGUAUGAAAGCAAAACCACGAUUAUUACUCCUUCUAUAUGAGGUAGAUACAAUAAAAUAGGUAGCUAAGACCAUUUUGUAGUUUUUUAUCUGGCAUGAUGUAGUCUUGUCCAUUAGUGCCAGUUAUAACUAAGAACGUAUUGGCACUAAUAUUUAUAAUUAGCACUGGUUUUUAAGCCGCAACAUGUAUUGUAGGCCGCAACAUGUAUCAAGGCCAGUUCAUAGUGAUAGAAGCUGGCUAAGCACCUUAGAGUUAGAUACUACAAACCCCACCCUUGUGUAAUAUGGCAUUUAGUCCAAGGAAAAUGAUAAACCGUUUGGGAAACCUAGGACAAUCUAACCAAAGAUUCUUUGCUUGGCUGCUGUACUACAAUCGGCUAUGGAUUUCAGAGUGACUACAAAGUCGAGGAUGACCGAACAAGAACUAUUGUGUUUGAUAUUUAU